GUCCUUCUCUUGUAGAUGCCUUCAAUUAAACUGCAGAGUUCCGAUGGAGAGAUCUUUGAAGUUGAUGUUGAAAUUGCAAAGCAGUCUGUGACUAUAAAGACUAUGCUGGAAGAUUUGGGAAUGGAUGAUGAAGGUGACGAUGACCCAGUCCCUCUUCCGAACGUUAAUGCCGCUAUCUUAAAAAAGGUGAUUCAGUGGUGCACCCAUCACAAGGAUGAUCCACCUCCUCCAGAGGAUGAUGAAAACAAAGAAAAAAGAACAGAUGACAUCCCUGUGUGGGAUCAAGAGUUUCUGAAAGUAGACCAAGGAACACUUUUUGAACUUAUCCUGGCUGCAAAUUACUUGGACAUCAAAGGUUUGCUUGAUGUCACAUGCAAGACAGUUGCAAACAUGAUCAAGGGGAAAACUCCAGAAGAAAUUCGCAAGACAUUCAAUAUUAAGAACGACUUCACUGAGGAGGAAGAAGCACAGGUACGUAAAGAGAACCAAUGGUGUGAAGAGAAGUGAAGUAUUGUGCCUGACACUCGAACACUGUAAGGAUUGUUCCAAAUACUAGUUGCACUGCUCUGUUCAUAAUUGUUAAUAUUAGACAAAUGCAGCAGCAAAUGAAGUUGUGUUAGCAGGAUAUCGUUCCUUUUGCAUGUGCAGUGUUUUUUUGAGUACAAAUUUCAAUCUUCUGAGUUUUUACUAGUGUAAUUGGAUGUCUUUUUACUUUGCAACGAAUAAAACCGAUCUAAGUGUGGAUUCUGUAUGGGAAGUAGCACUUAAGGUAAACCAUUUUCAUUACGCUUUUAACCUGUUCAAGUUCAGUUACAGUGCUAGGGAUUGACUCCAUUGUAAAUAAAGCCACCUAUGCCUUCUUCCUCAAGAAGAACAGAACACUUGUAUUUACAGGGUAUUGGUAGCUUCAGAAAGAAAAACUAGAAUGUGUCUUGGGGAACUAGGUAAAGUGAGAAAAGUUACAGGAUUUCUUCCAAAACCAUCGUGAGGAAGAUGAGUGUUAAAGUGUGCAUUGAAAAGGAAAAGAGAAAAAAUAUUUGACCACUUUCUUGUCCUGUUAAACUUUCCUUAUAGACUAGUGGAAGAUGUGAUCUAGAACUAAGCAAGCUCCUGACAGUUCAAUUUGAAUACUUCAACCAUGUCUUGAAGACCUGCCUCUAGCUGGUAGCAGAUGAAAAGUGUGUUGCUUUAUGCACAGGAUGGUGUGUUUUUAUAUGUUGUUAUUAGAAGUGGAAUCCAGAUUUGACCAAAAAAUACUGACAUUACCAAAGUUAAUACUAUUGACCUGUGCAUGCCAUUAGUGGCUGGUUUUUAGGCAAUUUUAAACAACCCUUGUGAUGUAGCUCUUUAAAACAUGGUUUAAUGUGUCCACAGGAAAUCUUCUGCCUCUGUAUGUGAUACUUUAGCUUGUAGAGACUUAAUUAUUGCAUACAAAGCUAAUGCAAUAUCAAGCUUAACUUCUUUGGACAAAGCCACUUGCAACUAGUUAAACAGUAACUGGUUUUCUGAUUUUUUUUUUUUUUUUUUACAGUUCCCUUAUAGGGAGUAGGGGAUGGGUUGUGUGGUAGAUCUUUGAGGUGUGCUCUUAGCUUGUAUUGCAUUCCAUUCUCUGUAUAAACGUUAGAGUAGAACGAACCUUAAUAAACAUACUUAUCUCACUUUAAAUAUCAGUGUUUCACUUCUGAAUUAAUAAAGGGCUUUUAAACUUUGGUUU